CGUCGGACACUCAGAAUAACUUGCUUUUCUUGCAGAACCAGGCCGGCUAAGGAGGUGGCGCACUGUAGGUUAAUACCGUAAGAAAUCAGUCUGGUGCACAAGGCAUUAGACGGUCGAAAGAAAGCACUAUGCAUGCAUCCGGAUGGAUAUUUAUGGCUCUAGCAGCUGGUCUCCAAUGUGUCGAUAGAUCACAAUGCAAUGAUGAUACUGGAAGCCAACAGCCGGCUUCACCAAAUGACAUUUCAACAGAUGCCGAGCCUCUGUUUCUCACUCCAUACAUUGAUAACUGUUCUUACUACGAAGCAAGAGAGAAGAGCAAAAUACCGUAUUCUCAACAGUUUGGAGUCACUGCUUACUCUGGCUACAUCACUGUGAACAAAACUGCUAAAAGCAAUCUCUUCUUUCUUCUGACUGAAGUGGAGGGCAACUCAUCUUCUGCACCACUCUUACUAUGGACUCAAGGAGGCCCGGGUUUGUCAGCACUAUUUGGUCUGUUUCUCGAGAACGGUCCCUUGGAUUUUAUUGGUCUGUACCCAAACCAAACUCCGAAAAUACACCCGAGAAUUAAUACCUUACAAAAGAACAUGAGCGUCCUCUACCUGGAUCUUCCCGUGGGGGGCUGGCUUCAGCUUUACAGAAGACAGAGAACACGGGUACCCAACAAAACUUGAAGACAUUGUGGUACAUGUCAAGGAAUUUUUGACACAAUUCAUGAAAGUAUUCUCUGAAUAUGAAAAUCGGGACUUCUAUCUCGCCGGAGAGUCAUACGGAGGUCGGGAUCCUGCAUGCGGAAAAGACAGGCAACGCACCGUCUAUUUCUGAGUCCCAUGCUGUCGUCAGCCUGCCCAUACAAGACAAUGAUGUUCCUAGUUGCCCAGUUGAAAUCAAACAUGUUGCCAGGGAGCCUUCAGGCGAGCUCGAGUGCUUGAACUACUGCUCACAGGCGCAAGAUGAGCUCGAAAUUGCUUCAAUUCCCUUUUUGGCCGGCUACCUCGCCCGUGCCUGUGAUGAAAAGCUCCACAGGUUCCGGGCCACUGUUCUUGACGCCCUUUAUAGAAGAAAACAACAGUGACGAGGCCAGAACCAUAAGCAGAGUGAAGCUAUUCAAAGACGAGGCGAACGUCACUGCUCACUCGGGCUUCAUCACUGUGAACAGGACACUUGGGAGCCAUCUUUUCUUCCUCUACAUACGAGCCCAGGAGCACACGUCCACCACUGCGCUUAUGCUUUGGACACAGGGAGGUCCAGGACUGUCCUCCUUAUUCGGCCAGUUUCUCGAGAUCGGGCCUUUGGCCAUCAACGGCGACGGAAAUUUGUACAAGCGGCUCCAGACUAUUCAAAAGCAUGUUAGCGUCAUCUACCUGGACGUUCCUGUUGGGGCUGGCUACAGCUUCACGAAAGACCCUUCGGGUUACGCACACAGCCUGGAGGAUAUCAGCGUGGCUGUCGCAGAAUUUCUGGGCCAGUUCCUGAUUCUCUUCCCUGAAUACAAGGAGAGAGACUUCUACGUCGCCGGAGAGUCGUACGGAGGAAGAUACGCCGUUGGUAUCGCAUACCAUCUGCUCACAAACAAGGUCAAGCCGGUACCUCUCAAGCUCCAAGGAACAAUUGCUGGGGUCGGAUUCCUGGGGCCAAUCUUCGAUAUAGCCGACUCCAGCGAAUUCCUGUACCGUGCUUCAAUGCUCACUGAGGAAGGUCGCGACACUUUCGCUAAGCAGUUCCAGGCCAUGAGGAGCCUCUUCGCAUCUCGUAAAGUGAAAGAAGCUCUUUACCUCUUGCUCCAAACAAUCUUCACCGACAACACAAACCCAACUUUAUUUCAAAAUCUCACGCUGUACAACAACCAAGCGAGCGCUCUGUAUUCCGAGAAGCCUGCAAACAUGAUCCAGUACUCCCACUACGUCAACACGACGGAUUUCAGGGAAGCCAUACAUGUUGGACUAGACGCCGAGUUCGAACCGUACAGUGAAAUCUUCAUGGCCAGCCUAGCACCGGACAUCGUGACAGACAUCAGCGGUCAGAUAGAGCUGCUGCUUAACACCAGUCAAGUGCUGUUCUACACGGGCCAAGUUGACGCACUGUUUCCGUCGACCAACCUGAGAGCUUUCUUCCGUACACUGCACUGGACAGGAGCAUCGCAGUACCGGAACUCGCCUCGCAGAGUGUGGAAUCUGCAGGACGGUUCUAACAGCAUAAGCGGCUACAUUGUUCGAGUGCACAAUUUCACCGAGGCGAUUAUACUUAAAGCGGGUCACUACGCUGCCGUAGACAAACCAGAUGAAGCCUACUAUCUGAUGUCAAAUUUCAUUGAUUCAAAGAGCACGUUAGCCUAACGCUUACGCGAAAGAAACACUUGCGUCAGACGAUACGCAUAUUCAACGUUGAGUUUCAUCAAAUAAUUUCAUAGCAUCGUCGCCCUUUCAAAACACUGAAAGGCACUGACCCGCUAUCAUUCUUUAGUCUGUUCUUUCAACAAGAUACGUCACGUUCAUGGCAAACAUUUGUCAGACGCAUUUGUUAUCGGAGGGUUGCUGAGGGUGUCAUCAGAAGAACCGCAAAUACGGUACAAUUCUAUGCGUCAGAACAAAGAUUAAUAAAAUAUUUUCUUGUGUUC